AUGCUCCGUGCCUGCACCCGUGGGCAUUGCCGUCAGUGUCAACACAAGCAUCAUACCCUGCUGCAUCCAGUGAAAGUGAACAGUGCGCCUAUUCCGAAUAAUCCACACCAACAACAACAGCCACAUGCCCAGGACACGACCACACCUACCAACCAGAGAAGUGCACAAUCAAGCUCAUACCCAGUAUCACUGCUAUCAAACCCACCACACACCACAGAUCCCCUCUUCAACACACAUGCAUUACCAAUAAACACCUACACCUCAAUUCAUCAAGUCCUUUUGUCAACCGCCUUGGCGCGCGUUACUGAUCAACAUGGAAAUUCUUUGCUGGCAAGAGCACUUCUUGACUCGUGCUCAGAAUAUUGGUUUAUGACUACAAAUCUUUAUAAAAAAUUGGAGCUGGUUGAAGCCUCUAGCUUCCUGUCCGUUGCUGGUAUUGGAGGUUCGGUGGCAAGAUCCAACAAAAGAGUUCACGCCACUAUUCUGCCUGGACUGGACGCGGACGGCCCGACACUUCAGCAGACUGUGUUCGGUUGGGUUAUCUCUGGCCGGGUACCCAACAGUCAUCAGGUUGUUCCAAAAUCUGUUGCCCAUCCAUGCUCAAAUGUUGAGCUUCGAGAGACAUUGACAAGAUUUUGGGAAUUAGAAUCCUGCAUUUCCAAAAGCUUGUUGUCUGUAGAAGAAUCUGCGUGCGAGGAGUUUUACAAUGAAACCACUUUCCGAGAUGAUGAUCAACGCUACGUUGUUUCAUUGCCCAAGAAAGGAUACCUUAUCGAAAAACUUGGAGAUUCACGAGCCACAGCACUUCGGAGGCUCGAAGGUCUGGAGCGACGUUUUGUGAGGGACUCGGCGUUAAAGCAGCAGUAUUGUGCCUUUAUUCGGGAAUAUAUCGACAUGGGUCACAUGAUUGAGGUAUCAGAAGAACCGAACCAGCUGGCAUACUAUAUGCCCCAUCAUCCUGUACAGAAACCCGACAGCACCACCACCAAGUUGAGGGUAGUCUUUGAUGCGUCGUGCCGAACGUCGACAGGGAUUUCUCUAAAUGAUGCACUUAUGGUCGGCCCAGUAGUACAGGACGACCUGCUGACUACGGUUACCUACGGAACUGCUACGGCUCCUUAUCCAGCAGCAGCAGCAGCAGCAGCAGCAGUGAUCAAGAAGGACGUGUAUGUCGAUGAUCUGAUGACAGGAACUGAUGAUCCAGAAGAGCGUGUCCAGCUAGUGUCAGCAAUCAACAUUUUGACUAACUCAGCCGGAUUCGUUCUCCGAAAGUACUGUUCUAAUAGUCCUGAAGUAUUAUCGAAUAUCCCUUCAGAGCUGCGAGACGAAAGAACAACACUUGAGGUUGAUUAA